AUGUCGUCGCGAGCUGUCGCCACAGUGUCGCCAUCGUUGACGGCGUCCUCGCGCUCGGGAGCGCAGGCAGGCGGAGCGGCCGCGCCGGCCUCGACGUCCGUAACGAUACCCGCACCGGUGGUGAAGCGAAAGAUGGAAGAGUUCCUGCGCCAUGGCAGUCCUCGUACGCGCGGUCUGCACAGCAUCAGCCCCCUAGCUCCCGAUGCGGUCCGAACACCUCCCGCGGAUUCGCGGGGACCGCCGCGGUACCUUCGCGCUCGCGGGAUCACCCCGUCUCCCGCAGCACCCGCGGCGAGAGGGAGGCGCGAGGCCCGAGAGCCGAAGCAGGACGAUCGGCGUCGGCGCCCCUCCUCACACGAGCGUGGCGAUCGGCACAGCAACAACCGUAGCACAAACAGUAGCAGCAGCAGCCGUCAUCAGGGCGACGGUAAGCAAGGCGAGGCGCAAACUGCCUCGCCACCACACCCACCGCCUUCCGAUGCCGCCAGCAGUGCCCCUCAAACCCCAAAGAGGUGCGAGAUGACAGUACCGCCGCACCUCGCCGCGCCCUCGCAGCAGUCGGAUCUGCCGCUGCCCCUGCCACCAAAGCACCGGCAACUUCCUCCUAGCAACAGCCAGCGCGGCAAUCAGGCCCAGCAAGCGGUGCAGCGGCUAGAACACGUUUCGCAACCAGACGAUUCGGGCGGCGCGGUCGUGGACACGCCGGAGCAGGAGCGUUCGGCGCGAGCGCCGCCGCCGCAGCAGCCGAGAAGCCCUGCUAGUGCCCACACCUCCUCCCGGCACAAGUGCAACGUUACUACGGCAGCGGUGACAGGGGCGCCGUCCCGCAGAGGAUGUGUGGAGGGCAUGGUGCUCACCGUGCCGCGGCUAUCGCCCGCUCAAGCCGCCUCUCUCGCACCUUCGACGCAACCGCAACGCACUCGGAGGACUGGCGAGGACCUCCGCCAUGGUAAUUCCGUUCAGCCCGCAGCCUGGCAGCAGCAGCAGAACCUCUCGAAGCAUCCGCGUCAGGCUGGCAUCCCCGGUCGCGUUGGUGCUCCUGGCAAGGUUUCCGCGGCAGCGGAGAUGACGCCGUCAGCCGCACGGCGUGGCGCAACUCUUUCCAGCUCCCCACAGCCCACUAGCACCUCACCCAUCGCGCGCUCCUACGUGGUGCAGUCCUUCUCGAGCUUUCUACCGGGCGAGUCUACGGUGCUGCGCGGGGCUCACAAUCGCGGAGGUCCAAGCCUGUCGUCCGGACCGCCGCCGUCAUCUCGGGCGAGCGACCCGAGCGCUGACGUUGCCGCUGCCACUUCAAUGCCGGCCGUCAUAAUCGAGGUGGCGGUCGUGGCCGCCGCUGCACCAUCGCUGCCUGAGCCGGAGGUGUUGCAGCGCUACGAAGAUAUGCUGCGCAAUCGGCAUGCUGGCAACGGUAACGGCUGUAGCGGGGGUGUCUCUCGUCACGACGGCCGCGUUGCGCAGCGCGGUGCACAGCAACGGUACACCGACGAGGAUCUCGCGGCCGCGUUCGAUUUCAUUGUGCACAUUCGACUUGGUACGGCCGCCGCCGUCACGGUCCGUGACAUCAAGGACGAGGUGGAACUGCGCACUUGCGUGCCAGUCGCGCAGCAGUGUCUAGUAUACGACGCCGUGUUGCUGCAGGACUGUCUACCCGUCUGCUUGCUUCCGUUGGCCGCUGACGACGACGACGACGGCGUUGGUGGGGGACAGCGUGCAGGCACCGACUGUUGGAGACUUGUGUGCGUGCCGCUGUCCAGCGACUCCUCGGUAGCGGCGAUGGCGCGGCAGACUCGCCGCAUCCAGUCUCCGCCGCGAGCGGUGGCGUCGCCGGCGGCAGCAGCAGCAGCAGCAGCAGCCGAUGCCACGCGCUACGGCGACGGCGAAGACGAGGCUGCAGCGGCACUUCGGCCCCUGCUGUUGAUGUCCCCUGUGCGACCGAAGACGCGGACCUUCCGUGCGACAGAAGCACGUGCGACAUCGCCACCACGGCGGCCUGGCGCUGUCCCCUUCAUCCUCUCCAACGGCACAACAGCCGCAGCGUCCGCAACGGGUCUUGCGAGCACCGCCACCGCCACCGCUUCAGCAUCAACGGCAGCAACGACGGGCACGAUGGAGCAAGCAGUCUCCGAGCACAUCAACCGCCUGCGACGUCAGUACCUGAGCAACCCGGAGAUGAGUGAUCGGUGGUCCGGUAGGGGAGGCUUUGGUUUCGCCGUGGCUGCUGAGGAGGGGGCACCAGAGCACGCGGAUCUGUCCACCAUGGCGAUGACCGGGGUGCUCCAACCAACGCGGCAACAGCAAGGCCUCUUGCUCUCCCCGCUGAGGGCGGCGCCGACCCCAUCCGCCUGUACGCUGCCGCCUCCACGUCGCACGGAGCUGAGCGACGGGUUGAUUGCUGCUCUUCCGCCUCCGCCAGUGCGCCGCCCGGUUGCUCUGCCGCACGAGUCCAUCAAGACGCUCUCCUGGACGCCCUCUGUGGCCCAGACGCAGCCCACGCAGCCAGCGCGUAUCACCGCCAGCAGCAACGUCGGUGCGGAUGCCAACGGUGGCAGUGGUGGCGGUGGCGUCGAUGCAAGCUGGAUGAGCUCGCUCAGCGCCUCCUCCUCCUCUGCUGCUGCCGCGGCGACGGUGAUGAUGUGA